AAAAUUCAAUUAAAAAAAUGAAAAAGUUGGAAUUUUAUACCACAAAUAUUCAUUAGCAUUUAAAACACAUUAGUAAUAUUCAAUAUAUAUCACACCUAUCAACAUUUAAAACCGUGAGAGUUCAUGUAUUCAAAUCCCUAAUUGUGAAACCCAUAUGAGAGAGAGAGGAGCACCCCGGCUUGGCAGAGGCAGAGGGCUACCUCUACAGCAUCCAAUGAAGCAAAGAGAUGGAGAGAUGGGAGGCCAGGUUGUCAAUGGAAGGGGAAGGAUAUGAUAUUUCUCGCCAGUCACCACAAUGGCACCACUGACACGAAGGCAUUGCAGUCCAUCCGUUGUGAGGUUAGCGAUGAAGUACUCUCAACAUUCCCACAUGAGAGAGAGAGAGAGAGAGGAGCACCCCGGCUUGGCAGAGGCAGAGGGCUUCCUCUACAGCAUACAAUGAAGCAAAGAGAUAAGAGAGAUAGGAGACCAGGUUGUCAAAGGAAGAGGAAGGAUAUGAUAUUUCUCGCCACAAUGGCACCACUGACACGAAGGCAUUGUAGUCCAUCCGUUGUGAGUGUGAGCCAGGUGAUUGGAAGGCACACUCAGCAUCCACAGACUCCAGAGAAACCAGAACCACCAUCUCUGGAGCUGCAGGUGGAGAACAGCACCUGUGCAGCCUUGAGCAAAGAAAUUGCCCAGCAGACUCAGAGGCUGAGGCAAAUGAAAGGAGAAGAGCUCCAGGUAUUAAAAAUAGAAGAAUUGACUGAACUAGAGGAAUUACUUGAAGCUGGUCUGUGCAGCGUCGUGGAAGAAAAGGCAGAAAGAAUUCGAACAGAGAUCAGUGAUCUCCAGAGAAAGGGAGACGUACUGCAGGAAGAGAAUGAAAGGUUGAGAAAGGAGGGCCACUCAUCUGAAUCAAUCACAAAUAAUAUUUGCAGCUUAUUACAUCCUAAUCAAGGCCAUCACGACUCUGAUACUUCUCUCAAGCUGGGGUUACCAUUCUCCAACUGAAUCUGAAGGGAAUGGAGAGAAGCAAGAGGAAUGGAUGCCUGAGAGAAGCGAAGAAUAAAGAGUGGAGAGGCAUGGGGGAUAAACGGCGGAGCUUAGUCAUUUUGAAAUUAAAGACAUACAAUUUGAUGGCAUCUCUAUUUCUAAUAUUUAUGCUCUAUGUAAUCCGCAGCUACCUCAUCCCAUGCUACUCAGAAGUCAGAACUGCCUUGUUGUACAUUUUUAGACGCUUGUCUGUCAGAACUGCCUUUUUAUAAUUACUAUUAUUGUUUCCCAAAGUGAGUUAAUGCAAAAUUGAGUUCUUAGCUAAGA